UACUAUGUUUCAUCACGUGACCAAAACUGACCAAUCACAAUCCAGUACACCAUUUCCGUUUCGUUUUUUUUGCCAUUCAUUUUUCUUACAAAACCUAUGAAUUUAUAGAAGAAUACCAGAUGGCAUGGCAUUAAAGGAUUGAUAUUUUUACCCUAACCAUUUACCAAGCUUAAAGGAAAAAUUUACUCAGAACAGACUUCACCUUGUUUAUAUAAGUUUUUGGUAGAAUUACUGUGAAAUAUUUCGUCUGGUUGAGUCUAUUUGCAAACCUCCUCUAUUUCUUUUCUAUAUUUUAGAGAGGAGGAAUUCUGUACCUUAUUUAUAUUAAUUUACAUUGGAUGGAUAUGUGUCAGCAAACAAGAUGAGGAGGACACAUAUCCGUCCAAUGUAAAUAAUUUCUCUACUUCACCGUCUGGAAUAUGUUGGAUGUUUUACAAAGGAAUUUGUUGCAUCUUCUAAGAUCACGGCUGAUAGAAAUAUAAUGAAGUAAAUAUUUGUUUGAAAUAUAAAUUUAAAAUUAAAAAGAAAGAUAACCAUCUGUAUAUUGUGGUGAGAGAAGGAAAACUAUGGAAAGUGAAUUGUGUGAUGGUAAUGUUGAAUGUGGAUCAGAAUUUAAAAGGACUGGUUUUAGUGAUGAAAUGCCUGUUGCCAUAUGUAAUGCAUCUUACCAAUGUGAUAUCUGUAAAAAGUCAUAUUCUCAGAAAGAUAUCCUUGCUACUCACAGAUGUAUUCACACAGGAGAGAAGCCAUAUCAUUGUGAUAUCUGUGGUAAAUCUUUCUCUCAGAAAAUUAACUUAGCUACGCACAAGCGUAUUCAUUCUGGAGAGAAACCUUAUGACUGUCACAUCUGUGGUCAAUCAUUCUCUCAAAAACGUGCACUUACGACACACAAACACACUCAUACAGGAGUAAAACUAUAUCACUGUGAUAUAUGUGGAAAAUCAUUCACUCGAAAUAACUCCUUAACUGUACACAAACUCAUUCAUACAGGGGAAAAACCACAUUAUUGCGAUAUCUGUGGAAAAUCAUUCUCUGAAACUGGCCCCUUGACUAAACACAAACGCACUCAUACAGGAGAGAAGCCAUAUCACUGUGAUAUCUGUAGUAAAUCAUUUUCUGUUAAUAGUCACUUAAAUAGACAUAAACGCAUCCAUACAGGAGAGAAGCCAUAUAGUUGUGAUAUCUGUGGUAAAUCAUUCUCCGAAACCGAUCCCUUAACUAAGCAUAUGCGUACUCAUUCAGGCGAAAAACCACAUCACUGUGAUAUCUGUGGUAAAUCUUUCUCCCGAAGCGAUUCCUUAACCACUCAUAAAUACAGCCAUACUGGAGAGAAACCAUAUCAGUGUGAUAUCUGUGGCAAAUCAUUCACUGAAACUUCUCGCUUAACUAAACAUGUGCGCACUCAUACAGGAGAGAAGCCAUAUCAUUGCGACAUCUGUGAUGAGUCGUUCUCGAGGAAUGAUUCUUUAACAGCACACAAACACAUCCAUACAGGAGAGAAGCCAUAUCAUUGUAAUAUUUGUGCUAAAUCAUUCUCUCGAAGCAAUUCCUUGAUUAAACACAAGCACACUCACACAGGAGAGAAACAAUAUCAGUGCGACAUCUGUGGUAAAUUAUUCUCUGUAAGCGGCAACUUAACUACACACAAACGUAUUCAUACUGGAGAGAAACCAUAUCACUGUGACAUCUGUGGUAAAUCGUUCUCCGACGGAGGUACCUUACCCAGACACAAACGUAUUCAUACAGGGGAGAAACCAUAUCACUGUGAUGUCUGUGGAAAAUCAUUCUCUGAUGGAGGUACGUUAUCUAGACACAAACGUAUUCAUACAGGAGAGAAGCCAUAUCAGUGUGAUAUCUGUGGUAAAUCAUUCUCUCAAAAAGCACAAUUAGCUACACAUGUAUCAAAUCAUACAGAAUAGUGACAAUAUCAAUAUCAGAAGUCAUUGGAUGAAACGCUUUAUGUAACAAUAAAUAUAUUCACAUAGAGAAAAAAAAAGCAUCUAGUUCACAUUGUGAAGUGGUUGGCAUUUGGAAGGGCAUCCAGCUGUAAAAAUCUUGCUAAAACUAACCUCACCUGUGCUAGUGCUAUGUAAAAAGCACUGAGUCCAUUCUGCCUAGUUUUUGGUGUUACGAAGAGCAUCCAGCCAUAAAAACACCGCCAAAACACACCGUAGCCUGGGGUAGUCCUCUACCUGGCUGGCUCCUGUCAACCGUCCUACCCAUGCCCACAUGGAAGAUGGAUGUUGACCAAUGAUGAUGAUAAGAAAUGAGAUACAGUGCUUGAGUGAUACCAGAGUCCGGUUUUAUCUAUAAAUUUGUGUAACAUGAUUCUUGUCUCUGAGUAGCAAUUGUUAUUUCGUAUUUACUUAUUCCUAGAAAGUAUGAAAAAUGGCUAAUAUUUCAAGUUUCCAUAUUCAAUAUUGUAUAUUAACUAAACAUGUGCGCACUCAUACAGGAGAGAAGCCAUAUCAUUGCGACAUCUGUGAUGAGUCGUUCUCGAGGAAUGAUUCUUUAACAGCACACAAACACAUCCAUACAGGAGAGAAGCCAUAUCAGUGGAAUAUUUGUGCUAAACCAUUCUCUCGAAGCAAUUCCUUGAUUAAACACAAACACACUCACACAGGAGAGAAACAAUAUCAGUGUGACAUCUGUGGUAAAUUAUUGAUACGGACCGCGAAAAAACUAAAUAAUGUUAUGUCCCUAUUCUCCGAGCUGGGUUUGAAACCGUAUUCUGGUUGUUGAGGAUAAUGGUAUUUCCUUUGUCUUGUCAACAAGCACGGCUAUUCAUAGCGUAGGAGUGUGUUUGCUGACCCUUUUCGGUCACCGUAAGUUUAGAAAAACAAGUUAGGAACUGUAUUAAACUGACCCAGCUUUGGAGGGGGAAUGUAGCACUGUGAGCUACGGUAUUUAUCAUAAAUACGAGAGCAGAGAUUUGGGAAUCGUAGUUGGCGUACAGCAGUUGGCGUAAGCGGUCAGCCAGUGAAGAUGGUAUACAGCAGUUGAUGUAAAGGCCAGCAACCAGUAGAGGAGCCAUAUGGAAUCGCAGCCGAUGUGACAGCCAGCAGUGAGUGAAGAGAAGCAAGAUGAACAGAGAGGCUAUGGUCAGAAGGUACCAGUCAGCAGAAAUGGAUAGAGUCUGAGAGAGAGAGAGGGACAGAGAGAUGGAACUGUUGUGGCAGGCAAAAAGAUUGUAGUAGACUACGUUGGGUCACUUCUUGUGGAUUGUAGUGGGAGAUUUGAAUUGGUUACGGUAAAUGUUUGUUUAAAUAUUCUUUAAAGAAAAAUGUACUUUGUUGUUACAUGUUUUAAAA